CAGGACCAGAGAGCCCUCAUGGAGUUCGUUGCUGCGACGUCUAUUAAUAUCUCCUCCCUCCCUCCCGCGGCGCUGCGGCGACGACGAAAUAAGAAAUUUAAAGACGCCAAGGCCGCCGACCUUAUUUCGCAGGCUAGCCGCAUCGGGACAUGGGACGCGUGCUUCGACGCAGCGAAACUUCCCAGGCAAAAGGCAAAACCCGUUUUGAUAUUCAUCAGCGUCAUCAGCGUCAUCGUCGUCACUAGGACUGCUAACCGUCAACCGCCGCCGUCAAUUAGAGCAUUGGCUGACAAAGACGACGAGCAGCGGGUGGUGCUGGCACGCACGCUGACUGAGAAGGAGCCCGCGCCAACAACUACUUGUUACUUUUGCUGA